ACCACUAGCACUCCACUAAUCAGGCGUCCCCAGCGCACGGAGUCUAAGUCCCAGAGUACUUGUUCACCAGGGUCCCUGAUGGUGGGGAUGGACUUGGAGUACCCCGGGACCAGGUCGUGCCUACUGAGGAUACCCGUCAGUGGUAGGGGUGUUCGCCAGGGGCUCCCACGGGAGAGAGCCUGAUAUGAGGAGGUCUGGAGACCCCGUUGAGAGGGAUGGAUGGAUGGCUAAGCAAGUGCAGAGUCAGGCAAGCCGGGUCGAUAACGGGGGGAGGACGGUACGUUACAAGGCAGCGGGCAGAGAAUAGUCGGGUCACACGCCAGAUCAGCAACAGCAGGUCAGAUCCCAUAGGGGGCAU